AUGGUAUUACUAUGCCGGAGUUCCCGACAGAGUAGUGUUGGAUGCGGCGCGGCGGAUGUGGACACAGCAGUUUCCGGCGCGCAUAGCACGCGGUACGCCUCCACGCCGGCCGCGCGCGCGGCUGAGGUGCCGAUAGGGCUCAUACGCAAGGCUUCGAUCUGGCUUGCGAGUGAAAGUCCGAGGACGUUUCAGAUUCCACCAAAAGUCGAUCAGGAGCCGGCGAAGGUGAAGCGCGCGCUGGUGCUGCCGAUGCGCCGCUGCGUCGACGCCCAGAAGAUUGUCAUACAGGUCGCCGGCAACGCGGACCGCGCCGGGGAAAAGAGUUCCAAGGUUCCAAGCGAUGUGGACAAGGAAGAGUACAUUCCGAUCCCUCUCUCAAAGAAGAUUUUGAAUUCAGAGUACGCGCCCUCGCGCCGCGAAAGGACCUCUAGUCGCAGAGACGACACGCUUGUCAUUGAGACCAUUAACAUCCAUAACACCACUGUCGAUAAAGACAAAGAAACUCAGUUCAUAGUGACCAUGGACGGGUUCAAUCCCAACGCUUUCCUGGCCAAGAAACUCAUGACUGAAGGACUACUCAAUGAUGAGGAAGAAAUGAGAGACAAAAUCAAGGCUAAACCUGUAUUAAAAGCUAUUAAUAACACUGAACGUAAAGAUAAAAAUACUGACAAAGACUGCACAACGGAAACCAAUCUUGAAACUAUAGAAGAAAAACCCAAAGUUGCUCAAAAGAAACGUUCGAGCGACACGAGUGAGGACAGUGACACACAAGUUAUUAUUAACAAGGAAGAGAAAGGUGACAAACGGAAGAGUGACGUUAGUAUAAAGGCUGAAGAACCGACAGUAAAGAAAAGGAAAGCUUCUCCGAUAGUAUUUGAUGUGGAGAAGAAGGAGGACGGCGCGAAGAAGAAUAGGGAGAGAGAACCGACUGAGGGUGCUAGCAGUGACAAUCAUAUUAUUGUUACUACCACUAGUAAUACUCACAAAUAUGAUUCGUUGCCGCCACUGGCGGCCGCGGCGGCGCCGGCGCCGGGCGAGCGCCAGUGGUGCCGCGCCUUCCCGCUGUGCCGCUUCGGCGCCGCGUGCGCCUUCGCGCACCCGCGCUGCCGCUUCGCGCUGGCGUGCUCGCGCCGCGCCUGCGCCUACAGCCACCCGCCGCGCGCGCCGCAGCCCGCGCAGCCGCAGCCCGCGCACGCGCCGCAGCCGCAGCUCGCAUCCCACGUGGUACCGGCAGCCAGUUUCAAGUCGAUAACUCCGGCGACUGUAACCAACGUCUGCAAAUUCUACCCGAACUGCGUGAACCCCACCUGCCACUACUACCACCCGAAGCCGUGCCGCUACGGCAAAGCAUGUGUCAACAAAACCGAGUGUAACUUUUAUCAUGGCGGUGAUUCAUUGCCGAAGUGGAGAUAUCCCGUGUAAUAAAUUCUAUUCUAUUUAUGGAUGUGUUUUUU